AUGUCGCGUCCUAUAAUGUUAUUGUCGGCUCAGAGAAGCUGCGCAAGUCUUCUUCGUUCGGCUGCCUUGCGUGGGCUUGCUCUUCGACAAUAUGCCACUGCCACUAAAAAGUCCGUCGAGAAGCCUGCCACAAAACCUAUCACCAGCGAGUUCGCCGCAUCUGCCUCCACCCCCGAGAAAGCAAGCAAUGACUCUGUCAUCAUGCGCACUUAUAAGCCGCGAACACCGGGUGUUCGUCAUCUAAAGCGCCCGAUCAACGAUCACCUGUGGAAAGGACGGCCCUUCCUACCAUUGACCUACCCUAAGAAGGGCCAUGGCAAGGGAGGUCGUAAUAACUCUGGAAAGAUCACCGUCAGGCAUCACGGAGGUGGCGCCAAGAGGAGGAUACGCACCGUUGACUUUGAGCGCUGGCAGGCUGGCCCACAUCUCGUCGAUCGCAUCGAGUACGAUCCGGGUCGAAGUGCUCAUAUUGCGCUGCUCUCGAACAAAUCUACUGGGCGCAAAAGCUACAUCGUCGCCGCCGAGGGUAUGCGUGCCGGUGACGUCGUCCACAGUUACCGUUCUGGUAUCCCCAAGGAUCUUCUCGACAGCAUGGGCGGCGUUGUCGACCCCGGUAUUUUGGCAGCCAAGACCGCCUGGAGAGGCAAUUGUUUGCCUAUGCACAUGAUUCCUGUCGGUACCGUUGUUUUCAACGUCGGCUCGAGAGCAAAGGGCGGUGCUGUUUUCUGUCGCAGUGCUGGCACCUACGCAAUUGUGGUUUCCAAGGAGGAAGAGACCAGGGACGACGGUACCAAGGUUGUUACGGGCAAAUACAUCAACGUCCGUCUCCAGAGCGGCGAGAUUCGUAGAGUCAGCAAAGAUGCUUGUGCAACGAUUGGAGUUGCCAGUAACCCGCACCACCAGUACAGACAGCUGGGCAAGGCCGGAAGAAGCAGAUGGCUCAACAUUCGCCCGACGGUUCGUGGUCUUGCCAUGAACUCUGUCGACCACCCCCACGGCGGUGGUCGUGGAAAGUCCAAGGGUAACCGCCACCCGACCAGUCCUUGGGGCACGCCGGCCAAGGGCGGUUUCAAGACCCGUCGCAAGCAUAAUUACAACAAGUGGGUCGUCGAGCCGAGAGUACGCAACAUGGGCAAGAGAAGAAGCAAGGCCUCUUAA